GUCGCGAGGGGCGCCCACAUGGCCGCUCGAGCUGCCGACCGUGCGCUGAGCGCGAGGUCGGGGUGGUCAAUGCCUUCCAACGAGGUGUGCCGCGCGCAGAACGGCGAGGUGGGGGACGCCGCUGCGGAGGAGCUCUCCAGGUGGCUUGCGCAGGCGCUCGUCGAGGAGAGGCAGGCCCUCCGCUCCGCCCUGGAGAGGAGCCACUGGGAGAGCCGCGCCGCGCUGGACGAGGAGCUGGGCAGGCGGCACGGGGUGCUGACCGCGCAGCUGCGGCAGCGGUGCCAGGCACAGCAGGAGCGCGGCGGCCCCGACUGCUUCCCUGGCGUGCCGUCACAGGGCAAGGCUGAUGGCUGGGCGAGCCACACCACGACCACUUGCACGCCGCACCCUACGAGUCAGUCCGUGGUAGUGCUGCAGCAGUUCGCCACUGACCGCGGCGUCUCCACUGCUGACGACAGGGGCAAGAAAGAUGGCCCAGAUGCCACGUUCACUGUGGAUGCUCUCGAGCAAGACAUUCGGUUACCCACACAUUCAGUGGGCACACAGAGCGUGCAGAACCGAGUUAACACUUUGCUCUUCAACGGCAAAGCCCGUGACGUUCAGCAUCGGUGGGUUGACUUCGUCGAAGGCGCUUUCUUUGAAACUUUCAUGGCCAUACUUAUCAUGUUGAAUGGCCUGCAGAUGGCCUUUGAGGUGCAACAUUCAGGGCUCAUUCGCGGGCAUGCCCUGAAAUACCGCGACUAUGCCCAUAACCCAAAUCCUUGGCAGGGUGCGGAGCAUCUCUGGGAGGCGCUCGGCAUAUUCUUCGGUGUCGCCUUCACAUUCGAGGUGUCCAUCAAGAUCGUCGUCCUGCGCUGCAAGUUCUUCAAGUCCUGCUGGAACUUAUUCGACCUCUUCGUGGUUCUCUGCUUCCUCGUCGAGUCGUCGGCAGUGGUACAGGGGGGACUGGGAGAAACGACCGCCCUCCGACUGGCCAGGCUGGCCCGCUUGCUGCGCUUGGUGCGUGUGGUCAGGAAGAUGCACGGUUUCGACACGCUUUUUCUUAUGACCACCGCGCUCCAGAGUAGCUUUUACGUCCUUGCCUGGUCCUGCAUGCUGCUCUUCAUUAUCCAGGCGAUGGUCGCAUUCUCUAUCAACCAGAUCCUGGAAGAGUUUUAUUUCGGAGACCACCAUCCGCUGGAGGAGCAAGAUGAGAUUUUCGAGUAUUUCGGUAGCUUCUCCCGGGCGCUGCUCAGCACCUUCGAAAUGACGCUGGCGAACUGGCCGCCAGUCUGCCGAUUGCUGAUGGAGAACGUGAGUGAGUGGUUCAUGGUGGUCUGUCUGCUCCACAAGCUCACGGUCUUCGGGAACCUGGCAGGGGGGCAGGGGGGGCAGAAGGAGUCGUCGACGCGAACCCACAACAUCAAGAUGCAGAAGCUUUUCGAAGCUGGGGACACGUCUGGCGAUGGGAAGCUGGACAAGGAAGAGUUUCUGGAACUGACGCAGAACGAUGAGGUCAAGACGUGGCUGUCGUCCAUGGGACUCGACGCUUCAGACGGGGAAGCACUGUACGAUUUCAUGGAUGUUGACAAGACUGGCGACGUGAGCGUCAAGGAGCUGAUCGACGGGGUGUCGAAGCUGAAAGGGGCGGCGAGGAGCCUGGACCUUCACAUGUGCCUGAAGAGGCAGGACGAGCUGCACCAGACUCUGCGGGACAUGCACCCAGAGAUUGGGCAGCGCCUGAAGGAUCGCCGUGGGCUGGCUUUCGCGAGCGAUCGUGCAUCUGCCGAUUGUGGUGCCUCUGCUGCAGCCCCUGAGCCUCAAAGCCCGUGCACGGUGAUCUCCGACGCCAGCGAAGACGGGGGUGUCAAUCCGUUGGACCCCCACCAGCUGUCGCUACCUGACGCGCCACGCAUGCUGACCAUCCCGCAGCCUUGCAGGAUGACCAGCUUGAGCGACUGAUACCUCCUCCUCUUCCUUCCUCC